GUCAAUUGUCAUCAUCAACCAAGUUGUGUCACAAUAACAAUGUUUCUUAUCAGUAGUUCAACGUAUGUUAAAUUAAAACUGCCAACAAAAUAAAAGUAUCUUGUCACAAUUUAUCAAGAAGAAUAUUAAAAAGACAUUCAAAUAAAAUUUCAACAUUAAUAAUUUUAUUUACAUCUUAAAAUGUAGUUUAAAUCUUCAAUAUAUUUGACAGUUUUGUUGUUUAUUAUUUAUAUUAAAUUAACAACAAUAAUAUUGAUAAAUUUUUAUACCAAAAAAAAAAACUGAUUUAAGACUGAUUGUUGGUUAUUAAUAAAACAUAGUUAAUUAAUUUAUUAAAUAAUAUCAAUAUGAUAUCUCAUGCACCACAUGUUAUGACACUUGCAAAUAGCAUAAUUGGUGUUAGUGUUUUGGCAAUGCCAUAUUGUUUUAAACAAUGUGGUAUAAUAUUGGCAAUUGUUAUGUUAACACUUUGUAGUUUAUUAUCAAGAUUAUCAUGUCAUUAUUUAAUUAAAUCAGCAGUUAUGUCAAGAAGAAGAAAUUUUGAAUAUUUAGCAUUUCAUGCAUUUGGACAUAUGGGAAAAUUUUUUGUUGAAUUAUUUAUCAUUGGUUUUUUAAUUGGUACAUUAAUUGCAUUUUUUGUUGUUAUUGGUGAUCUUGGUCCACAAAUUAUUGCUAAAUUAUUAAAUAAAAAACCUGAAGAUAUACGUUUAAGUUUAAUUAUAAUAACUGCAUUAUUUAUAAUAUUACCACUUGGUAUGUUAAAAAAUAUUGACAGUCUUGCUAUUGUUUGUACAGCAACAAUUGGUUUUUAUUUUUGUUUAGUAUUAAAAGUUGUUAGUGAUUCAAUGGAUCAUAUAUUUCAAUCAGAUUGGCCAUCGAAUAUUAAUUACUGGAGAUCAGCUGGUCUUCUUCAGUGUUUACCAAUAUUUUCAAUGGCAUUAUUUUGUCAAACUCAAUUAUUUGAAAUAUAUGAAUCAAUACCAAAUGUAACACUUGAAAAAAUGAAUAAUGUUGUACGUGGUGCAUUAAAUAUUUGUACAUUUGUUUAUUUAUUUGUUGGAUUUUUUGGCUAUGUUGCAUAUUCAAAUCAACAAUUUUCAGGAAAUAUUUUAUCAAGCUUUGAGCCAAGUAUGACAUCAGAUGCUAUGAAAAUUGGAUUUGUAUUAUCAGUUAUUUUUAGUUUUCCACUUGUUAUAUUUCCAUGUCGUGCUAGUUUAAAUUCAUUUUUAUUUCAUCAAGUAUAUAGUCAUGAUUUAACAAGUAAUCAUAUACCAGAAACAAGAUUUUUUUUAAUGACAAUAAUAAUUGUUGGUGUGUCAAUGAUAACUGGUAUAUUAAUGCCAAAUAUUGAAUUUGUAUUGGGUUUUAUUGGAUCAACAAUUGGUGUAUCAAUAUGUGUUGUAUGUCCAAUGUUAUUUUAUCUUGCAAUUAAUACUAAAAAUACAAAUGAAAGAUUAUUGGCACAAAUUUUAUUAUUCGUUGGUAUUUGGAUUAUGAUUCUUGGUACUUAUGCAAAUUUAUAUUCCAUUGAUGAUUCAUCAACAACUAAAAUUGCCAUUCCCACUGAGAGACCAUUACUCAUACAAAUGAAUAAUGUUCAAUUUAAUAAAAUAAGUAAAGAAAAUAAUCAAGUGAUUAUUCCUCAAGUACCUGAAGUCAAUGAUCUUCCAAUAAUUAAUAUUAAUGAUGAUUUGUUAAAAAAACAACAAGUAGAUAUUAUUAAUGAACCACAAAAAAUACCAGUUGUUACAGAAAAAUUAACUAAACAACAUGAUUCAAAUGUACCAACUGAAAGUGAUAGUAUUGGCAAAAAAAAUAAUAAAAUUAUCAAAGGAAAUAUAGAUAAUAUUGAAGUUUUUAAUGCUGAAGAAAAAAUUAAAGCUAUUGAAGAAUCAAUGAAUGAAAGUGUACAAGAAAGUAAAGAAAAUAUAAGAUUAACACUUGAAAGAAAUAAAAUUGAAACUAAAAAAUUAAUUGAAGAGCAAAAAGAAAUACUUCAAGAGCAAAAAGAAAUUUUAGAAGAUUUAAAAGAACAGAAAAAAUCAUUAAAUCAACGAGAUAUACUUGAAAUUCAUGAACGUUAA